CCGAUAUCCUGCCUCGGGAGUGGUUUGCGUUUUUGUACGUCCCUUAUACAGCAGUAGGCUAUAUCCUGUGCAGAAGAACUGGCGCUUGUGCAGAUCAGGGAGUUCGUGCGCGUCCCACAUAACUUGAUUUGAACUUGGUAAGUUGCAUGGACAGAUCUGAAUCUUGACGUUAUUGAUUAAUACAAGGACAUUAGAAACUCUUUGUAUGCAUGUUUUUCGAGUAAAUUGUGAAUGUAAAAGCUAUGUAAACACGAAUGUACAGUUAGUCAGUCCAUAUAAUACAAUAUGGCAAUAUUGACUGAUAUUGUUGCUGAUUUGCAUAUUCGACUUCUGCAUUUCAUGUCUGUCUUUUAUUCUAGAAUCAGCAAUACAUACACCAUUUUAACCAUCCUAUUAUUAAUAGUUUUCUGCACAUGAAUUGGGUCCAUGAUGAUUACAUUGCAAACUGGAGACUUCAGUUAAACCACCAGCGUUAAUAUUAAGUAUAUGCCAGCUUUAAUAGAUCGUCAUCUUUCUUUAAACACCGAAUUAUAUUUCCUUUGAAACAAUUAGAGACGUAAAUAAAUACUGUAAGGCUAUUUGCAAUAAUGUUUUGAGUUGGUUGGGGCGUUGGCUAUAAUAUAAUAUGCAACAUGCUGACUUCUGCAAAUCUUCCUCCAAAAUCUGUUUCUUAUUAAGAUUUUUCAGUGUAGGGAUGGACCUCUGGGACUGAGGCAUGUGAUGGCAGAAAAAUGCAUCACCAAGAUAAAUUACAAUUCCUGUCCUGUUAUAUUUUACACCCCCCCCCCCCCCUCUCUCUCUCUCGCGCGCGCUCUCGAUUUCUCUCUCUCUCUCACUCCUUCUCUCACCCCCUUCCCCUGCGCGCAAGGUUUCACCUUUUCCUGUGCGUUGAGUCCAAUUGUGCUAUUGGACAGAUGUUGGCCCAGAGAGCUUCUUUCAGCAUCUUUCCCGCUGAGAGCUAUAAAGAGGUCGCAUGCAGAAAAUUAAUUACUAUGAGCUCAGUGCUCCAUAAAAUCUUAAUUUGCUCAUAUUUCUGUAUGGCUGCAAUAUAAAGCUGUCUAUUAUCCAUCCUGUAAAGUGUUAGGCAGUAUAUCCCAAAGAUCUUGACACCUAUGUCUUUACAUACAAUGAGCUCCAAAAGUAUUGGGACAGUGACACAUGUUUUGUUGUUUUGGCUCUGUACUCCAGCACUUUGGAUUUGAAAUGAUAAAGUGUAGACUGUCAGCUUUAAUUUGAGGGUAUUUUCAUCCAUAUCGGGUGAACCGUUCAGACAUUACAGCACUUUUUGUACAUAUUCCCCCCAUUUUAGGGGACCAAAAGUAUUGGGACAAAUUCACUUACAGUGCCUUGCAAAAGUAUUCAUCCCCCUUGGCGUUUUUCCUAUUUUGUUGCAUUACAACCUGUAAUUGAAAUGGAUUUUUAUUUGGAUUUCAUGUAAUGGACAUACACAAAAUAGUCCAAAUUGUUGAAGUGAAAUGAAAAAAAUAACUUGUUACAGAAAUUCUAAAAAAUAAUUAACGGAAAAGUGGUGCGUGCAUAUGUAUUCACCCCCAAAAUAAGAUCUGGUGCAACCAAUUACCUUCAGAAGUCACAUAAUUAGUUAAAUAAAGUCCACCUGUGUGCAGAAGUACAGAUCAGGGUUGGGUUAUAAAUAAAUAUCAGAAUCUUUGAACAUCCCACGGAGCACCACUAAAUCCCUUAUUAAAAAAUGGAAAGAAUAUGGCACCACAACAAACCUGCCAAGAGAGGGCCGCCCACCAAAACUUACAGACCAGGCAAGGAGGGCAUUAAUCAGAGAGGCAACAAAGAGACCAAAGAUGACACUGAAGGAGCUGCAAAGCUCCACAGUGGAGAUGGGAGUAUCUGUCCAUAGGACCACUUUAAGCCAUACACUCCACAGAGCUGGGCUUUACAGAAGAGUGGCCAGAAAAAAGCCAUUGCUUAAAGAAAAAAAUAAGCAAAAACGUUUGGUGUUCACCAAAAGGCAUGUGGGAGACUCCCCAGACAUAUGGAAGAAGGUACUCUGGUCAGAUGAUACUAAAAUUUAGCUUUUUGGCCAUCAAGGAAAACGCUAUGUCUGGCGCAAACCCAACACCUCUCAUCACCCCGAGAACACCAUCCCCACAGUGAAGCAUGGUGGUGGCAGCAUCAUGCUGCGGGGAUGUUUUUCAUCGGCAGGGACUGGGAAACUGGUCAGAAUUGAAGGAAUGAUAGAUGGCGCUAAAUACAGUGAAAUUCUUGAGGGAAACCUGUUUCAGUCUUCCAGAGAUUUGAGACUGGGACGGAGGUUCACCUUCCAGCAGGAUAAUGACCCUAAGCAUACUGCUAAAGCAACACUUCAGUGGUUUAAGGGGAAACAUUUAAAUUUAUUGGAAUGGCCUAGUCAAACCCCAGACCUCAAUCCAAUUGAGAAUGUGUGGUAUGACUUAAAGAUUGCUGUACACCAGCGGAACCCAUCCAACUUGAAGGAGAUGGAGCAAUUUUGCCUUGAAGAAUGGGCAAAAACCCCCAGUGGCUAGAUGUGCCAAGCUUAUAGAGACGGGGUGAAUAGUUAUGCACGCUGAAGUUUUCUGUUUUUUUGUCUUAUUUCUUGUUUGUUUCACAAUUAAAAAUAUUUUGCAUCUUCAAUUGGUAGGCAUGUUGUGUAAAUCAAAUGAUACAAACCCCCAAAUAAUCCAUUUUAAUUCCAGGUUGUAAGGAAAAAUGCCAUGGGGGGUGAAUACUUUCGCAAGCCACUGUAUGUGUAGUAAAGUAGUCAAAAGUGUAGUAUUUGGUCCCAUAUUCCUAUCACACAAUGAUUACAUCAAGGUUGUGACUCUACAUUGUUUUGGUUGUAUGAAAAAGUGUGAAAAUGUAUUCACACACUACUGUAAAUUGCUCUGGAUAAGAGCAUCUGCUAAAUGACUAAAAUUUAAAUGUUUCAGAUUAUUUUGUGCCCAAUAGAAAUGAAUGGUAGAUAAUGUAUUGUGUCACGUUGUAUAAUGAUUAGAAGACAUGCGCAGGAAUACGUAUUAGGGGUUUUAUUUACUUCACCCAACACAAGGUUCGCAUGAAAAAAACGAUGGGGACGAAGCCCAAAACAAACACGUAUAUAUAUUACAAAGGGAUGUAACCUUUCCACCCACCGUCCUUCACUUCUACGGAAGAAGAAGUUUAUGUCCAGUACGUCCUUUGUGCAUCAUAAUGAGAGCAUGGCAUAAGAGUGACCAACUCCUCAUGUCUUCGGCGCCCACCUGCAAGGGUGGGCCCCUCUCUCGUCAACGGCUAUCCAUUGGAUAGUGGAGGCUAUUAUAUUGGCUUAUUAUAAGGGUUUACAGCCCCCAGAGGGCCAGCCCCCUAGAGGUAUGGUUCUUGGGCACAAGAGAUUUGCGAGGCGGCAUGUUGUGCCACCCUUCAUACAUUCGGGAGGUUUUACAGACUGGAUGUCACUGCACCUUUGUUGGUGCAUACUGUCCCCAGUGUCGGGGCCUCUGAGUGGUGAUGCUGUUGGGACUACCCUGGCUUCGGAGAGCAUGUCUGCGAUACGGGAGUUAGCCAUAUCCCAUUGUGAGAUUGAAACUAGUAUUUGAAAUAGAACUGGUUCUAUAAUAAUAUGAGUAGAUGUCUCACCGCAUUUCCAUGCUCGAAAGUGUGCAAGGAACAGAGGCAUGCUUGAGAAUGACCAGUGGGUGGGCGAGUGGCGCCUUAUUAGGAGGAGAGGGGCUCACCUCAUUCGGCACUCACCCUGUCUGUCUCCAACAGACAUUGUGUGAUUCGUUCUUCGAGCUGUAAGUGAUCCACUGAGUGAAUCCCAUUGUGAGACAUCUCACUCAUUUUAUCAUAGAACCAGGGUUAUGCAAGUAACCCCAGGUUUUGUUAGCUUUUUUUGUGUCUGCUCUUUUCUGUUCAACCUAACUUCUCAGUUACUGAGUUCAGGUGAGCUCUUUAGGGAAUGAGGUAAUGAGAGAGAGCAAGAGAGUGAGAGUGAGAGAGAGAGAGAGAGAGAGAGAGAGAGAGAGAGAGAGAGAGAGAGAGAGAGAGAGAGAGAGAGAGAGAGAGAGAGAGAGAGAGAGAGAGAGGGGAGGGGGGGACAUACAUUGCCUGUUUUGUCCUCUUUGGUACUUUCAACCUUUUUACAAGUAUCUGUGAAAGUGAUCAUAAGGUAUGACUCACACAGAUGCCAUACAGAGCCCGUUGUAAAAGGCCCAUGUUGGUUGGUGUCAGUGAGCUGUUGAUAGACAUCUGGCUCAUGUCUAGUAAAAGUGUAUUGCUGUAUUUGUGUGUGAACUAGACUAUAGGCAGUUUCUGAGAAUAGUUAAGCAGUUUUUGCAGACUGUUGACAGCUCGAAGCAGACUGUGCCACCAGUCUACCAGACUUCCUGUUUCUCAGCUUUCCUCCACAUUCUUUAGUUAUUAGCUCAUGCCAAUAUACCAGCAUUAGAACCCCACAAUGCUUCCCUAGCUGCUAAAUUGUCUUGUCUGUGUGUGUGUGUGUGUGUGUGUGUGUUUGUUUGUUUGUGUGUAUGUGUGCAUGUGUCUAACAGCUGUUUUAACCACAAGAUGAUGUCAUGGUCCCAAUUCGAAUUAGGUCUCCCUGAUCUCUGCCACUGGUUAGGGUGAGGUAAAGCACCAAGCCCUUUUCCAUGGCCAGAGGGAUAAAAACAACUUUACUAUAGAGAGAGAGGCCACAAGGAAGUAUAUGGCUAGCCAACCACAGCAUAUCCUCUGCUGAGAGAGCCCUGGCCACAGAUACUCUGGUUCUGCCGUGUCCCCUCUCUGCUCCGGGGAAACAGCGCCAGGACUGUUUAAAUUGGCUGUAGCCCUCCACACACACCCAACUGGGCUUCAGUUGCUGGCAUGAGAUGUCAGAGAAGCAAGACUCUACCUCUCUGUUUACCAAUAACUGUUAUCGUUUCCAUGGAGAUCAGAUAAAUUCAGAUAAAAAAUGUUUGCUCACCUCUGACGUCAUCGUCAGAGUCAUUGUUAAGUUCCUGUGUAUACAUGUCUGUAUUUGUAGAGUAAUGAUCAGAAACCGAUGAUGAUAACAUGGAGCACAGAGAAGAAAGGCUAGCCUAUGAAUGGCAGUCAUUGUUCUGAGAGUAGCUAAAGUUACCUCUGAGGGCCAAACCACCAGCUACUGAUAAUGGUGUGAGUGGCUCACUCAGAGAUAAAGAAAAGUCAUUGACUUCUUUCAUUUCAAUGUUCUCUUUGGUCAUACCUUAGCAUAGAUGCCAGUUCUCCUUUGGGGGGGGGAUAAAAGCAACAUAAGAGGAGGGGAAAAUGUGGAUAAGAAAGAGAGAGAGAGCAAGAGAGAGGGGGGUGGAAUAGAAGGGGGAAAAGAACGAUUUCAACAGAUGAAGGGAAGAAGCUAAAAGACAGAGAAGGUGUGGGUUGGCCUCGGCUGUCAACUCAACAGAAGAUCAAUUCGAUUAUGGAAAAUGUUUGGUUUACUCAUGUACAUAAGUAAUGUGUUAGUCUUUUACAGGUUACUACGGGAGAUGAGGAGAUGGUAGGAAAGAUAGGUAGAGACAACAUGUAACAUGAAUGAGCUCCAAUUUGGUUUGUGCAUUCAGACUGUAGUAACAUGUCACUGUGUGAAAUGUGUGUGUGUAUGCUAGUGCAGUGAAAAGGGCCAGGCUGUUUCAGUCUGUGGUCAGGUCUGAGGCAGUGGCAGACAUUCCCUGGGUUCUGAUGGCUUCACACUGCACGUACAACAACAACAUUAACAUGAUUUUUGUUUUUUCAGACACCAAGGUUUCUUUAUUGUAAGUGUUUGCAUACAGUAUAUGGAUUUUGUUGUAUUAAACGUGUAUAUUUCUGUCAUAGCAGCAAUGGAAUACCCAUACACAUUGUAACAGAUUAACGUAAGAGUCUAGUUUUUGUAUGCUGCGGGUCCUUAGUACCUCUUCUGCUUCACAUAGGGGGUCCAAAGGGAGGGGACGCUCACCGGGUCUGUCAAAGAGCUGUGUCAACAUUCCAGAUCUCACCACAUUCAUACCAGGCAUUCCUUCAUGUGUACACCUCACUGCACAAACAUACAUACCGUUCACACACAUGCACGCACGAACGCACGCAUGUUCACACACAAACAUACGCACUCACACCUAGCACAUGCACAAGGACAUGCUGAUAUAGUAAAAAGGUUUGUGUAGGCUAUAAUCAGUCUCCGUUCUUUAGGUUCCACUCAUUUUUCAUAUGGAUUUAAUUUACUUUCUGUCAUCCUAACCCUACAAUCAAGGAUCUAUUUGUGAUCUAUGGCAGGGAUUUGCUCCAGAUCUUUUUAUGUCCUUUCAACAGUUGAUUGUCAAUUUUACAACAUCACUGCCUGUCAUAUCAGCUGAAGAUAAGCGUAAUGUGAGGAACAGGCACAGUAUACCUUUUGUUUGCUGUGAUUACACAACAAAGCAACCGGGCUCCAUAACAGUUAAAUGUUCUUCCUUGUUAAAAGAUGUGGAACAAAUAGAAUCUUAUCAACACCUCAGUAAAUAUUACAUCAUGGUUUCCCUGGGAACGGAGUACAGGUUUUGAUUGAAUAGUGUUCCGUCUCUCUCAGUUCAUUUUCAUUCCUUCAUAUUGUUAUAGCUACACCACUAGAACUACGCUGUCCAUCUGUGGCAAUAAGAAGUAAUGCAAGUGCCCAAGUAAUGUAAACCCAGUCACUACCACAUCUGAUAGCUUUCAAUUGUAUUUGUGUACUCUGCAGGACUUAAAGUUACACCAUUUUAUUCUGACAAUAGUUCCUGAAACAUACCACUUGUGAUAAACAGAGCUAUAGCUCAGUAUGUCCUCUACACAUGUGUUUUCCAGGUGUUUGCUACCCUGCUGCUGAUGUUGCCAUGACGGACAGUAUGAACUGCAAAUACUGCCGGGAGGACCUGAGUGGGAAGAAGUAUGUUAAACAGGAGGAGAAGCCUGUCUGUGUCCGAUGCCAUGACAAGUUCUGUGCCAACAACUGCACUGAGUGCCGACGUCCUAUUGGCAUCGACUCCAAGGUGUGUGUGUGUUCAGUGACACCUCCCAUGAUUAAUAUACUUGCAUGAAACGUAUAUUACAUAUUACAUGUGUUGUGAUUUUCUUAUGUUUCCAUAUGGGUCUGUCUAUACCUGCAAACUGUCAGCAUGUAAAAUGUAAAUGGAAUGUGUUUUCAUGACUGCGGACUGUCUGUCUAGAUGUGUUUAUGAGUGCACACUGUGAGGAAGAAAUCCAUUCUGCUCCUCCCUUCCUAUAGACAGAAACUUAAACAGGAAGUACCCGUGGUAAGCACUGUUCAACGUUGGUCUGACCAAUGGAAUCUAUGCUUCAAGAUUGUUUUGAUCACACGGACUGGGAUGUGUUCCGAGUUGCUUCUGAGAAUAACAUUGACGUAUAACCUGACUCUGUGACUGAGUUCAUCAGGAAGAGUAUAGAGGAUGUUGUUCCCACUGUGAUGGUUAGAACUUAUCCAAACCAAAAACCAUGGAUAGAUUGCAGCAUUUGAGCAAAACUGAAAGCGCGAACCACCGCAUUUAACCGCGGCAAGGUGACUGGGAACAUGGACGAGUACAAACAGUCCAGCUAUGCCCUCCGUAAGGAAAUCAAACAGGCAAAGCGUCAGUACAGAGACAAAGUGGAGUCACAAUUCAACGGCUCAGACACGAGACGUAUGUGGCAGGGACUCCAGACAAUCACAGAUUAUAAAGGGAAAACCAGCUAUGUCGCGGACACCGACGCCUUUCUCCCGGACAAGCUAAACGCCCAACAAGGGUGCGUGCUCAGCCCCCUCCUGUACUCCCUGUUCACCCAUGACUGCGUGGCCACUCAAUCAUUAAGUUUGCAGAUGACACAACAGUGCUAGGCCUGAUACCAACAAUGACAAGACAGCCUACGGGGAGGAGGUAAGGGCCCCUAAGGCCCUCAUGAACUUCUACAGAUGCACCAUUGUCGCGCCGUGUCACUGCCUGGUACGGCAACUGCACCGUCCGCAAUCGAAGAGCUCUCCAGAGGGUGGUGCGGUCAGCCCAACACAUCACCGGGGGCACACUGCCUGCCCUCCAGGACAUCUACAGCACCCGGUGUCCCAGGAAGGCCAAGAAAAUCAUCAAGGACCUCAGCCACCCGAGCCAUGGCCUGUUCACGGCAUGUUCACAGGUGCAUCAAAGCUGGGACUGAGAGACUGAUAAACAGCUUCUAUCUCAAAACAAAUAAAAUCAAAUCAAAUUGUAUUUGUCACAUACACGUGUUUAGCAGAUGUUAUUGUGGGUGUAGUGAAAUGCUUGUGCUUCUAGCUCCGACAGUGCAGUAAUAUCUAACAAGUAAUAUCUAACAAUUUCACAACAUAUACCCAAUACACACAAAUCUAGUAAGGAAUGGAAUUUAAAAAUAUAUACAUAUAUGGACAAGCAAUGACAGAGCGGCAUGGACUAAGAUACAGUAGAAUAUUAUAGAAUUGAAUCCAGUAUAUACAUAUGAGAUGAGUAGUGCAAGAUAUAUAAACAUUAUUAAAGUGACUAGUGUUCCAUUUCUUAAAGUGGCUGGUGAUUUCAAUAGGCAGCAGCAGCCUCUAAUGUGCUAGUGAUGGCUAUUUAACAGUCUGAUGGCCUUGAGAUAGAAGCUGUUUUUCAUUCUCUCCGUCCCAGCUUUGAUGCACCUGUACUGACCUCGCCUUCUGGAUGAUAGCGGGGUGAACAGGCAGUGGCUCGGGUGGUUGAUGUCCUUGAUGAUCUUUUUGGCCUUCCUGUGACAUCGGGUGCUGUAGGUGUCUUGGAGGGCGGGUAGUUUGCCCCCCGGUAAUGCGUUCGGCAGACCGCACCACCCUCUGGAGAGCACUGCGGUUGUGGACGGUGCAGUUGAUGUACCAGGCGGUGAUACAGCCCGACAGGAUGCUCUCAAUUGUGCAUCUGUAAAAGAUUGUGAGGGUUUUAGGCGCCAAGCCAAAUUUCUUCAGGCUCCUGAGGUUGAAGAGGCUCUGUUGCGCCUUCUUCACCACACUGUCUGCGUGGGUGGACCAUUUCAGUUUGUCAGUGAUGUGUACACCAAUGAACUUGAAGCUUUCCACCUUCUCCACUGCGGUCCCGUCGAUGUGGAUAGGGGGGUGCACCCUCUGCUGUUUCCUGAAGUCCACGAUCAUCUCCUUUGUUUUGUUGACGUUGAGUGAGAGGUUAUUUUCCUGGCACCACACUCCCAGAGCCCUCACCUCCUCCCCGUAGAAGGUCUCGUCAUUGUUGGUAAUCAAGCCUACUACUGUUGUGUUGUCUGCAAACUUGAUCAUUGAGUUGUAGGCGUGCUUGGCCACGCAGUCAUGGGUGAACAGGGAGUACAGGAGGGGGCUGAGCACGCACCCUUGUGGGGCCCCAGUGUUGAGUAUCAGCAAAGUGGAGAUGUUGUUUCCUACCUUCACCACCUGGGUGGCGGCCCAUCAGGAAGUCCAGGACCCAGUUGCACAGGGCAGGGUUCAGACCCAGGGGCCUCGAGCUUAAUGAUGAGCUUGGAGGGUACUAUGGUGUUAAAGAUAUAGUCAAUGAACAGCAUUCUUACAUAGGUAUUCCUCUUGUCCAGAAGGGAUAGGGCAGUGUGCAGUGUGAUGGCGAUUGCGUCAUCUGUGGAUCUAUUGGGGCGGUAAGCAAAUUGAAGUGGGUCUAGGGUGACAGGUAAGGUAGAGGUGAUAUGAUCCUUGACUAGUCUCAAAGCACUUUAUGAUACGGGGAGAUAGUAAUUUAGUUCAGUUACCUUUGCUUUCUUGGGUACAGGAACAACGGUGGCCAUCUUGAAGCAUGUGGGAACAGCAGACUGGGAAAGGGAGAGAUUGAAUAUGUCCGUAAACACACCAGCCAGCUGGUCUGGGCAUGCUCUGAGGACACCGCUAGGGAUGCCGUCUGGGCCGGCAGCCUUGCGGGGGUUAACAUGCUUAAAUGUCUUACUCACGUCGGCCACAGAGAAGGAGAGGCCACAGUCCUUGGUAGUGGGCCUCGUCGGUGGCACUGUGUUAUCCUCAUAGCGUGCGAAGAAGGUGUUUAGCUUGUCUGGAAGCGAGACGUCGGUGUCGGCGACGUGGCUGGUUUUCCUUUUGUAAUCCGUGAUUGUCUGUAGACCCUGCCACAUACGUCUCGUGUCUGAGCCGUUGAAUUGCGACUCCACUUUGUCUCUAUACUGAUGUUUUGCCAGUUUAAUUGACUUGCGGAGUGAGUAGCUACACUGUUUGUAUUCUGCCAUAUUCCCAGUCACCUUGCCAUGGUUGAAUGCGGUGGUUCGCGCUUUCAGUUUUGCGCGAAUGCUGCCAUCUAUAAUCUAGUAUUAUACUUUCCCAUCAAUAUAAGUGCAGAGACAUGCACAUUCACAUGUAUAAUCCCGUGUAGCUCAGUUGGUAGAGCAUGGUGCUUGCAACGCCAGGGUUGUGGGUUCGAUUCCCACGGGGGACCAGUAUGAAGAAGAAAAAUGUAUGCACUCACUAACUGUAAGUCACUCUGGAUAAGAGCGUCUGCUAAAUGACUAAAAUGUUAAAUGUAAAUGUAUCCACGGUUUCUGGUUAGGGUAGGUUUUAAUAGUCACAGUGGGCACAUCAUCUCCUACACACUUCCUGAUAAACUCAGUCACCGUUUCAGUGUAUUCGUCUAAAUUAUUUUCGCAAGCUACCCGGAACAUAUCCCAGUCCGCAUGAUCAAAACAAUCUUGAAGCGUGCAUUCCGAUUGGUCAGACCAGCGUUGAAAAGUCCUUAGCACAGGUACUUCCUGUUUGAGUUUCUGCCUAUAGGAAGGGAGGAGCAAAAUGGCGUGUGUCCAAACUUUUGACUGUUACUUUACAUAUAUAUUUAUAUUCUGGACUCUGACAUUGCUCGUUGUAAUAUAUUUUUAUUUCUUAAUUCAUUUCUUUUUAUUUUGGGGAUUUGUGUUUAUUGUUUUACAUUUACAUUUUAGUCAUUUAGCCGACACUCUUAUCCAGAGCGACUUACAGUUAGUGAGUGCAUACAUUUUUUUUCAUACUGGCCCCCCGUGGGAACGUUUUGUAUUGUUAGAUAUUACUGCACUGUUGGAGCUAGGAACAUAAGCAUUUCACUACACCCGUGAUAACAUCUGCAAAAUAUGUGUACACAACCAAUAACAUUUGAUUUGAUUUGAAAACAUUGACUUUCUUUCCCUCCUCCUUUCCCUUCUUCUAUCUGCCCUCCGUCCUCCCUUCCUUCCUCCCUUCCGUCCUCCCUUCCUUCCUCCCUUCCGUCCUCCCUCCCUUCCUUCCUCCUUUCCUUCCUUCAGGAGUUGCAACAUAAAGGCCGUUAUUGGCACGCAGACUGCUUUCGCUGCUACAAGUGCUACAAGCCAUUAGCCAAGGAGUCCUUCAGUGCUAAGGAUGACCGCAUAAUGUGUGGGAAGUGCAGCUCCCGAGAGGAUGCCCCUCGUUGUCACGCCUGCUACAAAGCCAUUCUAGCCGGUAAGGGACACUAUGUGCCAAGACUCACUGAUUUGUGUUGACAUGAAAUUAAGCUAGGGAUAUUUAUACCCUCUGUAUGAUUAAUUUCUGAGAUGCUCUCCAUCGUGUGAACUUAGAUGUAAUUAGUAAACACUUUCCUAAAUUUCAGUUAGGUGGCAAUCUGCAGUUCAAACAAUAACAAAGUGGACACCCCACCACUGUUUUGAUAAAUAGCUGAGGGUUGGGGCUGGAGAAAUCUAACCACUUUCAAAUGCAUAGACAGAGCUAUAGAUGGAAUGACUGACCAUCCAUAAAAUUGAUGUUUUGAGGCUAUUCAGUAUUUGUUUACAAUUACAUUAUUUACAACCAAUGGAGUAAAACAAGCUUGUAUUUUGGGUUCUGAUAGGGUACCACAGUUAAACUAAGCUCAUAAGGCAUUUACAAGUAAUAUUUUUCAAGAAUCAAUGGGCAUAUACACUACCAGUCAAAGGUUUGGACACACCUACUCAUUCAAGGGAAAAGCAUUCCAGGUGAAGCUGGUUGAGAGAAUGCCAAGAGUUUGCAAAGCUGUCAUCAAGGCAAAGGGUGGCUAGAAUCUCAAAUAUAUUUUUUUUUUUGUUGUUACUACAUGAUUCCAUAUGUGUUAUUUCAUAGUUUUGAUGUCUUCACUAUUAUUCGAUAAUGUAGAAAAUAGUACAAAUUAAAAAUAAAAUAAAAACUUGAAUGAGUAGGUGUGUCCAAACAUUUGACUGGUACUCUAUAUCAUUAAUUUAAAAAAAAUAUGUAUGUACCAAUUGCAGAUUGCCCCUUUAAACUAUCAUAGAGACUGAUGUGAGUUUAUUUAUUUCAUAAAGGCUCUGAGAAUGUGGAGUAUAAAGGCAAUGUGUGGCAUGAGGACUGCUUCACCUGUUACCAGUGUAAAAAACCCAUCCGCUCCCAAAGCUUCCUGACCAAAGGCACUGACAUCUACUGUGGCCCUUGCCAUGAGAAGAAGUUUGCAAAGACCUGUGUCAGCUGUAAGCAGGUAACAUAAAUAUUAACUUUUUUCAAUGAGCUCAAAAUUCUUGGAUAUCAUUGAUGGAUGUCCAUUUUCAAUAAGCCAAUUGGACCAAAGUGGUUGAUUUGAAAUCAACUGUAUAAAUGACAUGAGGAUUCCCCUCUAAACUGACUUGACUCUCUGCUGACCCCUGUCUAGGCCAUCACCUCCGGGGGAGUGAACUACCAGGAGCAGCCAAUGCACUCAGAAUGUUUUGUCUGCAACUCCUGCCGGAAGCCUCUGGCUGGGACCCGCUUCACCUCCCAUGAGGAGAAGGCUUUCUGUGUGGACUGCUACAAGACUACUGUAGCCAAGAAAUGCAGCGGCUGCCAGAACCCCAUUACAGGUCAAUACAUGCACACACACACACACAAAAGUGCACGUAUGCUGCGCACGCAAACACACACAUACACACACACAUGCACACACACACACUCUAAUGCACCUAUUGAAGGAUUGUACACAUUUGUCAUUGUUUGUUGUUUAUUCUCUGUCCCCUCCAGGUUUCGGCAAAGCCACCAAUGUGGUGAACUAUGACGGCAACUCCUGGCAUGAGUACUGCUUCAACUGCAAGAAGUGUUCCCUGAGCCUGGCUAACAAGCGAUUUGUGGCCAACGGAGGGGACAUCUUCUGCUCUGACUGUGCCAAGAAGGUCUGA